GGCGGCUCCUCCUCCGAAGGGGGUUGGCGCGGUGGCGGUGGCAUCCACGGCCAUGGCGGCGACUGCUGCUAACCCUGAAAUGACUUCAGAUGUACCAUCACUGGGACCAUCCAUUGCCUCUGGAAACUCUGGGUCUGGAAUUCAAGGUGGAGGAACCAUUGUCCAGAGGGCUAUUAAGCGGCGACCAGGGCUGGAUUUUGAUGAUGAUGUAGAAGGGAACAGUAAAUUCUUGAGGUGUGAUGACGAUCAGAUGUCUAACGAUAAGGAGCGGUUUGCCAGGUCGGAUGAUGAGCAGAGUUCUGCGGAUAAAGAGAGACUCGCCAGGGAAAAUCAUAGUGAAAUUGAACGACGGCGACGAAACAAGAUGACAGCAUACAUCACAGAACUGUCAGACAUGGUACCCACCUGUAGUGCCCUGGCUCGAAAACCUGACAAGCUAACCAUCUUACGCAUGGCAGUUUCUCAUAUGAAGUCCUUGCGGGGAACUGGCAACACAUCCACUGAUGGAACCUACAAGCCAUCUUUCCUCACUGAUCAGGAACUAAAACAUUUGAUCUUGGAGGCAGCAGAUGGCUUUCUGUUUAUUGUCUCCUGUGAGACAGGCCGAGUGGUGUAUGUCUCUGACUCAGUGACCCCUGUUUUGAACCAGCCACAGUCUGAGUGGUUUGGCAGCACACUGUAUGAUCAGGUGCACCCAGAUGAUGUGGACAAACUUCGUGAGCAGCUUUCCACUUCUGAAAAUGCCCUGACAGGGCGUAUUCUGGAUCUGAAGACUGGAACAGUGAAGAAGGAAGGUCAACAGUCUUCCAUGAGAAUGUGUAUGGGCUCAAGGAGAUCAUUUAUUUGCCGCAUGAGGUGCGGUAAUAGCUCUGUGGACCCAGUCUCCAUGAAUAGACUGAGCUUUGUGAGGAACAGAUGCAGGAAUGGACUUGGCUCUGUGAAAGAUGGAGAACCUCACUUCGUGGUGGUCCACUGCACAGGCUACAUCAAGGCCUGGCCCCCAGCAGGCGUUUCCCUCCCAGAUGAUGACCCUGAGGCUGGCCAGGGGAGCAAGUUUUGCCUAGUGGCCAUUGGCAGACUGCAGGUAACCAGUUCUCCCAACUGUACAGACAUGAGUAACAUUUGUCAACCUACAGAGUUUAUUUCCAGACACAACAUAGAAGGAAUCUUCACUUUUGUGGAUCACCGCUGUGUGGCUACUGUUGGCUACCAGCCACAGGAGCUUUUAGGAAAGAAUAUUGUGGAAUUCUGUCAUCCGGAAGAUCAACAGCUUCUUAGAGACAGCUUUCAACAGGUGGUGAAAUUAAAAGGCCAGGUGCUGUCUGUCAUGUUCCGGUUCCGAUCUAAGAACCGAGAAUGGCUCUGGAUGAGAACCAGCUCCUUUACUUUCCAGAACCCGUACUCAGAUGAGAUUGAGUACAUCAUAUGUACCAACACCAGUGUGAAGAACUCUAACCAGGAACCACGACCUACACUUUCCAGCACAAUUCAGAGGCCACAGCUAGUUCCCACAGCUAAUUUACCUUUAGAGAUGAGCUCAGGACAGCUGGCACCCAGGCAACAGCAACAGCAAACAGAACUGGAAGUGGUCCCAGGAAGAGAUGGACUGGGCAGCUACACUCAUCCCCAGGUUUCAGUUCAGCCUGUGAUAACCACUGGGCCAGAACACAGCAAACCCCUGGAGAAGUCAGAUGGUCUAUUUGCCCCAAAUAGAGAUCCAAGAUUUUCAGAAAUCUAUUCGAACAUCAAUGCAGAUCAGAAUAAAGGCAUCUCUUCCAACAAUGUCCCUGCCACCCAACAGCUAUUCUCCCAGGGCAGCACAUUCCCUCCUAACCCCCGGCCGACAGAGAACUUCAGGAAUAGUGGUCUGGCCCCUCCUGUCACCAUAGUCCAGCCAUCAGCAUCUGCAGGGCAAAUAUUGGCCCAGAUUUCUCGCCACUCCAAUCCCACCCAAGGAGCAACCCCAACUUGGAACCCUAGCACUCGCCCAGGCUUUUCAGCCCAGCAGGUGACUUCCCAAGCUACAGCCAAGACUCGGUCUCCUCAAUUUACUGUGGGCAACUUUCAGACUCCAUCCUCUUUUAGCCCCAUGUCCCUCCCUGGCGCUCCUACUACAUCACCUGGUGCUGCUGCUUACCCCAGCCUCACAAACCAUGGAUCCAACUUUGCUCCUGAGACUGGACAGACUGCAGUACAAUUCCAGACACGGACAGCAGAGGGUGUGGGUGUCUGGCCACAGUGGCAGGGCCAGCAGUCUCAUCAUCGUUCAAGUUCUAGUGAGCAACAUGUUCAACAGCCAUCAACACAGCAACCUGGGCAGCCUGAAGUCUUCCAGGAGAUGUUGUCCAUGCUGGGAGACCAGAGCAACAGCUACAACAAUGAAGAAUUUCCUGAUUUAACUAUGUUUCCCUCCUUUUCAGAAUAGAACUAUUGGGGUGAGGAUAAGGGGUGGGGGGGAGAAAUCACUAUUUGUUUUAAUAAGCAAAUCUUUCUGUAAACAGAAUAAAAGUUCCUUUCCCUUCCCUUCCCUCACCCCUAAUGUGUACCCCUUUCCCCUCUGGCUUUCUCCUAGCCUUCCUGCCUCUCUAAGAUAACAUUUAUAAAUGGAAUGGAAUGAGGGCCCAAGGCUUUUGGAGCCCUUAAAAAAAUUGAGGUUAGACAAGGUUAAAAAUGCCUUUUUAAAUGUCUCUUGACCAGAGAUUGUGCCGAAAUGGUUUGUGCCAGGGUCAAGGGGCAGGUGAGAGAGAUCUGACGUCGACUUUGUGUCUUGGAUACUACGGCAUGUUUUUGCAAAGAAAUUCUGAAUGGGAUGGAGAAGAGAAAGGCCCUCAUAUUUGAGGACUGUGAAAUAUGGUAGGUAUAUGUGGGGUUUAGGAAAUGAGCAUAGGCGCUUUCUGCUGCCUGUGAGCAAUUCCUCUGGAAAAGAAACUUGUGAAUAGGGGUGGAGAGAGAGAGAAGAGUGAGUGAGUGAGUGAGUGAGUGAGUGAGUGAGUGAGUGAGUGAGUUUCUUCCUUUUCUCCUAUUAGGGAGUUAUGCAAAAUUUGUCCCAGAGUUUGUGUUUCUGUGUGUUUUUCAAAGAGUCCUAGGAAUUAAAUCUUACAGGUAUUUCCUCUUAGUGUUGCAGCCAAAGAAUAUUUAAAUAAAUGUCUUUGCUGCACUUACCCAGAUAAUAUGCAACUGUGAGCAAAUGUAUAAAGUCUUCUGUUGAUAAGGUUGGUCUCUUGUCAAACAUAUUUAAUGAUAAGGCUGGGUCAUUCCUGCUAUGGUGCUCUCACCUGAUAUGAAAGAUCUGCAAAUAUGGUAGAAAUGGGCUGGCAAGAUAAACACUUUAAGAAACCCCAGGCUUGGCCAUAAAGACAAUGCUGCAUUUUCUGUCAGAAUCACAUAUGAUGUGUAUUCUGUAGAAAUUAUUUCUGCAUGGAAACUCAAUUUUUUGGAUUAACAGUCUGAGCAAAAAUCACACUGUUGGGGUAUACACCAAAUACCAAGCCCUUUUGCAAAGUAGCUUCUUUCAUCCCAUCCUCGGUGUUAGUCUGGCAAGAAACGGGGAUUCUCUCCUACACUAAAGCUCUUUCCUCGACUCUCUCCAGUCUGGAGAUUGGAUGUUGCUCUAGAGGGCAAGUGCAGUAAUCCCAUGUGUUUGAUGGGACCUGGACUCCCAUCCCAACAGGGUCACUAUAGCCAUAUAAAUGCAGAUACAGGUUAUUCCUUUCACUCUUUACCUUCCUCAGGUAAAAAUCGUGUAACCGCCUUAAAAAAAAUUGAUUCAGGCCAGUAUCUUGUAUGCAAGACUGAUAAUAAGGAGAAGACAUUAAAUGUAGCCAUAGGGGACUAAGGAGCACAGAUGGCCUUGGAGAGGCUAAGGGAAUGCCAUUUAUUGAUAUCCUUCCUUUUUGUCUCCAAUCUGGUGCCAGAUAAUGGAGUAGAAAAGGGGACGAUUUAUUUUUUUAUUCUAUGUGCACACAUACAGUAUACAUAUAUAUUUAUACCACAGUUUUAAGAAACAAAAAGUUGAGUUUCCAAUGGAAUCCUUGUUUUGUAAUAAUCGACUUUUUAAAUGUGAUCAAGACUAUAAUAUUGUACAGUUAUUAUAGGGCUUUGGGGGGGAAGGGUGGGAGAAGAUACUCUGGGGGUUUUGUUUCUGCUUUUCCUUCAGGGUUUUAUUUUUGAUUGUUUUGUUGUUUUCUUGUUGGCCAUUUCUGUACUGCUGGCAUCUGUGCUGAGCUUUACAGGGGCAAAAAUAAUGACAUGUAGCAAAGAUUUUAAAACAAAAUAUUUUUUCCUUUUGUAAAA